UCAGACGAAAGGUGUAAUGAUCCUCGAAACUGAGACUUGAAUAUGGUUGGGACGAUAUUACUUGACGUUACCUGACAUUACAAGGAGCAAGAUAGUUGACAAGUAAUAUUUUUAUGCCUGUUUACUAUAACUGCCCAACGUGUAGAACAAUUUAAGAAAAUAGUUUACUGUAAUUUCAAUUCUACGAGCUGUAACAAUCAGCCGACAACAACUGAGAUGACUGGAGUCAUUGCGACAGCGGUUUUGAUGAUUUCUUUGAAGACAGCCUCUCCCAGCCUACAGGACGUGAGAUCAGCGCUACAGGAACCGAGGAUCCUGCUACCUCAGGAAAGAUCGCUGAGUCCUCACGACAUCGCUGUGCUCCCCGAUCAGUCAACCCAGCAAGCUGCUACUCAGCCACAAUGGAACUCCCAUCCACGAUCGGCCACUCGAAUCGUUCCAAAGUACACGAAAAUGGAGAAAAGUUCUUACAGAGGCGACAAUUCUAGGUUUCUUCGUUGGUUUUAUGCUCCGAAUCUGAGCCGAGAAGAUCUUGAUCCAGACUCCGUUGGUACAGGACACGUGGAUGAAACAGUUCAAAAGCUCCGUGAACGAUUUAAAGGUGCAAAUAAGGAAAGGCAAUCUUCCACGCACGAAGAUUUAAAAACCGAGAUUCAUCAGGCACACACAGAAAACCCAAAUGCUUUCAUAGCGUCAAACCUGGAUUUGAAUAAAAAUAAGUCACAAAGUCGGUAUGUAAUCAAUCGUCAGAAGAAUUUCGCUUUUUUAGACUACGUAGGAGCUGGACCGAAAAGUUUGAAUACUCCAAUUGAUGUAAGCAAUAAAAAAACUAAACUUCGAAUUAUAACUGCAGAAGACAUUCGAAAGCUUAUUGAGAGGCGAAAUGAAAUCACGGCAAGUUCAAACUCACCCACUGAAGAAAAGCAUAAACUCACGUCUACAUCAGCUGUCAAAUCUGAAAAUUUCUCAAAUACUAAUGGAGGCCCUCAAUUGAGGCAAAAUGUAAAAUAUUCUCACAUUUCUGACCGCGAAGAACUUGAAGAUGGACAGCUGGAUGGUAAAUCAGCUAGCAGUGUAAUUUUGAGUUCAAAUGACAUAACUCAGCUUAGGAAGAAGCACUACAGGCUACAAACUAAACAUAGAAACAGCUUGCCAACGCACAAAGAAGCCCAUAACCAGAUUCGACCAAUCAAAAUCACGGAACAUGAUUUUGAUUAUAACAGGAGUUGGCCAGCAACAUCAAUUUCUUCGUUCUACUCUAAACCAAAAUUUGGAUGGAAAUUCCACGUCAAAGAGAAUGCAAACGCUCGGUCUGAUCUGGAAACAAGAGCUACUCAGUCUCCGGCUCCUCCAACUCCAGUCCGAGCUCCCAGACAUGAUCACGUUUGCAUUGAUCCUCGUGUUAAGUUUGGCUGCGCCUCGUGCUCCUUGUCUGUCAUCUGCAUAGACUCAAAAGCCUUCGUACAGGCAUGCGCCUUCCCUCAGGAAUCGUGUUACCCAGACCCUGCGUUUGGAGGAGGGGUUUGCAAACCUGGUCUACAGACCAACUGCUCCUGCAUCCCGGGAGUGACUGAGGAAAAACCUGAUCCAUUCGACCCUCGUUCAUACCUUCAGUGCGAUGGUUCCAAUUUGCCUAAAUUGAAUGCAUGCGAAACCAGAAAUGAAUUCCUCAUAACUGAAAAAAUAUGUGCCAAAAUUCCUCCUGUUCCCCGGUGUUCGGUUUUGGGAACGUUCGCGAACGUCAACGACUGCCGUUGGUAUUACUCGUGUUUGUUCCCGAUCGGUGCGAGCGGCAGCACCUCGUACCGACAAGUGUUAAGUCGGUGCGCUACCGAGGGAACUAUGUACAGCAACACAAAUAUGACUUGUCAAGCAGCUGACCAGUUCCCAGCAAACGACGCAUGCCUGCAAAACAUCAUUACAACCACUAUUACUACAACAACAACCAUGACAUCAACUUCUGUGACAUGUGAGGCUUCCACGAUGAGUACAACUGGCACAACCAAUACCACUCCUGUCCCAACGUCUUCCACAGCUACUUCUACAGGUGCCUCAUCUUCAACUAUUUCCGUAUCAUCCUCUACGGCCACUACAUCCAUGACAAUGACCUCAGGCAUUACCACGGAGACUUCGACCUCCUCGUUCUCAACUCCCACCACAUCAACGACCUCCGAACCACCCACAACAGCGACGUCCUCAUCACCUUCCCCAACUACUGCUAUCAUUCCUAUAGUACCUACGCCUGCACCGACAACCACCUCUACACCGGCUACCGUCACGACCACAACUGCCGUGACGGCACCUCCUAUUUACACUUGCCCAUUUUUUGUUAUCUUUUUCAUCUUCUGGUGGCCGGGUGUGGUUGAUUACUUAUGCUGGAUUACUUAACACGGCACACUGUUUACUUGCGCGCCGAGUUAGGGUAUGAAUAAGUUAAACUCGUAGAUUCAUGCAAUUAUGUCGUGAAAACUGUUUCCCGCCUAUACCACUUUUUUAGUGUAUCUUCCUCAACUACUUGAAGUCGUGUCACUUGUUGAUCGUUUUCAUGAAGAACAAUUUUGAAAUCUUUGUGGGAUUUUCAUUUAUAUUUAUCAGUUGAAGCAUUUUAGCGGAUGAAAGGAUACAGAAGCGUUUUUCAAACCGAUUUUUAAGCUCAGUUGUUCAGUUAUGUUGGAGUAUAACAACUUUUGUCUAAUUAUAUUAAACUUUGAUUGAAAACUUGUUUAGAAAACUUCAUAAUGUGCUUUCAGUUCUGUAGGAAUAAAGUCUUUUACAAAAUAUUUCUCAAAUAACAAAACUUGUCCAGUCGAAGUGCACAAGUUUCGUAGUCUUGUUGUAUUUGGAAUUUUCUCGCAAUUUCCAAAUUUAAUUUUCUCACAAAUUUUCUUUUACAAAUUUUCUCCCCGUUUUGUAGCUUUAGAAUAGACAAUUUUAGGGCGCAUUUAUCCAUUAUUCUCUACCACAUUUUCUUUUAUUUUCGCGGCAAGUAAUUAUUUAUUUAGGCUUUCAUUGAUCGGUGAUCCGUCCUAGUGAACUUAAUUAGCUUUUAUCCCUAUGCGGUUUUAGGAACUAUUUUUGUUUAUUUUACCUAACCUGGGGAUAAAAAUGGGGGAUAACUCUGCAACAGAUGUACAUAGCAUAAACAUUUAAAAAAUGCAUCAU